AUGACACCACGGACGCCCCCAUGCGGCACCCCCGGCCCCCCUCGCCCCCCCCCACCGUCUUCGCCCCCUACACCCCGCCGCUGUCACCACGUCCUACGCCUCGCUCUCCACGCCCAAGCCCACGCACGAGUCCUUCGCAGCACAAAGUCAGCCUACGAGUACCUUCGACCUCUUCGCCGCGGGUCCGGCCGCCCCGGGGCGUCGCUCUCGUGGGAGGGCGUGUCCCCGGACCCCGCCCUCACGCCCUCGCUCAGCCUUUACGGGUCCCCCGGCAUCCCCGGGCCCUCCCCCCGCCCACGGCCACCCCGGAGGCCACGCACUCAGGCCACCCGCACGGCGCCGCGAGUGCCACGGCGGCCGACAGCCCCUUCGCCGCCGCGCCGCCCACGCGCCCCGCCGCGCGCCCGCCCGCUCAGGGACUCGUACUUCUCGGGCGCGCAGGACGCGCCCUUCACGCAGUUCCCCGACGACGAGCCGGGCCCGUCCGACUGGCGCAGCAUCACGGGCGCCACCGUGUGCCUGGAGGGCUGGGAGGAGGGCGACCUGCGGCAGGUAUGGCCGGCCUCCAGCACGCCCAUGGCCUCCCCGGGCCUGGGCGCCUCCUCCGACGCGUGGGCGUGGCGCCGCAGAGCUCCGUCCCGCAGGAGCCGUGGCCGCUCCCUCCGCCCUACGAGCUCGCGCUCAGCCCGGCCAGCAGGGAGGUCGCGCAGGGGCUCCUCCUCCAGGGGGCCUCCGCCCCCGGGGCCGCCGCUCGGCCUCGCGCUCCGCUCAGCCCCGACCGGCGCAGCGCCGACCCCCUCCCCCGGGGCGACUUCCCGCCCCGCUCGCCGCUGGCGCCGCCCCGCGUCCCCCCGCGACGCCCGCCACGCCGAGCGACGCCGCUGGCGGCGGCGGGAGCAGCCGCAGGAAGAGCAGCCGCGGCAGGAGGGCCAGCAGGAGCGUGAAGAGGCGCGAGAGUGGCGGGGGCGUGGCAGCGGGUGGCGGCGCUCGCCGCGGCGACCCCGCUGCUCACACAGUCUGGUCCACAUGGACAGAGCGGAGGAGCACGGCCGGUGGAGGCUGGGGGGCCAGUCCCCCAGGGAAGGCUCCCCCGGCCACCGGUUCGGCCCACACGCCCACGAGAGCAGCCAGGACGACGACGAAGACGACGACGACGAAGAGCACGAGGCCAAGUGUGCGUCCCGCCAGUGUGAGUCCGAGUUUGAACUGUUUGAACUGCGCGCGCAGCCGCUCGCUGCCACCGUGUGCGGCGCAGUCACCGCUGCGCCCUCUGUAAACACGGCAGUCAGUGUCACGGCCCGAGCCUGGCCGUCCCCGAGUGCCAGCCUCGCCGUGCCAGGCCAGGCGAGGCACCGACCACGUGUUCCGGCGUCACAGCGUAACGUGCAAAGUAAAGCGCCGAGAAAAGCACUGCAGUAUGGAAACUGCGCCAUUAACCACUUCCUGCAUGCACCAGCGGAUGCUGACGGCAGGGAGACCGUUGGUUACCUUCCAGGAAUCGUGCGGCGGUAA